CCUCUGAUCUUCUUUUACUUGUAUUUUGAUCUCAGAUCAAAAACAGACGUAGGAAAUCCGUCAAUUAUAUUUAGAGAAAUACAGAAACAACCUCAGCCGGGUUCUGGAGAGCUGAACUGAUAUUUUACCUGAACGUUUCCAGUUUGGACAGAGAGCUGCCCAGUCCGGCCACUGCAGCGUCCUGCAGGACGUUCCAGCUCGAGUCCAGUUCCACCAAGUGAAUUAGUUUUUUGGGGGCCUUAUCAUAUUCAAAAACUCCCCAAACUUGUCAGGACUAUGAGAACAUUCCGCACAAUAAACGGCUCAACAGCGCCACCUGUCUACUUUCGACACACCCUCAACAUUGACCUUACUUCAUGGUAGAAGGAUGAAACCUGGUGUCUCCCCGAGACGCACAAAAACUCUAUUAAUAUUAAAAGUUUUCAUGCGUUUUGAAGGGGAUUCCCAGGGUCAAAGUUCUCCUACACGUCAUGAAACACAAAACUUUUAUCUCUCCUGCACCAAAACUCACAGAGGCACCAAACCUUCAGUGAUUGGUCACCAUCGGGUGCCCUGCAGUAUCCAAUGGCCAAACGAUGACGUCACGUAGGCCACGCCCCCUAACAACAGGAAGUGUUCAGCUGUUUCAACAGAAAAAAAUUGGUUCCAAUUUAGAUUCUAGUGGGUCUAACAGGCCACCCAGAACCUUUGGCAACGUGUUAACUAAACUAACAAAGUGUUCUGGGUCAGGAGGGUUGGUUCCUCUGACCAGGAGGAGAACCAGAAACCAGAUCCACCUGGUUCUGGUUCUGGAGAGGUGAUGGCCCGGAAAACACAGAAUGAGCUGGAAUUUGGUACCAGGACAGAGAUGACCAGACCUUUAAUGGGUCACUACUGGACCUGGUACCGCCAAACCGGACGGACGGAUGCAGUGUGGCGUCAGUGAAACCGAAGUUCUAAGCAGUUGGCUGACGGACAGCAGCAGCUGUGUGUGUGUGUGUGUGUGUGUGUGUGUGUGUGUGUGUGUGUGUGUGUGCGUGUGUGUGUGUGUGUGUGUGUGUGUGUGUGUGUGUGUGUGGGUGCUCCUGAAAUAGAAGUCCUUCUCCUGGUAAACACUGAGGUCGGCUCUCAGCGAUUCCUCGGUUUCUCCUGGUGGCUUUGAGGCGUUUUGGGUCGUCAGGGUCAUCGGGGUCAACGUGGAGUCUCCCAUGAUCGCGACCCGAUCAGUAUUUAACACCAAACGGAGCCGAGGAACAUCUGUCCUUCUACACAGAAGAACCAGCUGGACACUAGCAGCAGAACGACAUCAGCGAUGGCGCAGGAGUGAGAUCAACCCGGCUCCAGCUGUAGACAUCUGUCUAGAGAGGAAGAGGAGGAGAUGGGAGGAAGAGUGUGCAGGGAGGAGGUGAAGGAGGAGAAAAGGCGGAGUCCGGGCAGAGAGGAUAGCCUGACGUCUGCCGACAAAAUCAGAAGAUUCACCAAGCAGUCUGGACACAACGUCCUGAGCCUGGCCCGCCGUGGACUCAAGGACGCUCCGGGGGAGCUGUGGGAGCUGCUGGAGCUGGAGAAGCUGAACCUGUCCCUCAACAAUCUGAAGGCGCUGCCUCCUCAGCUGGGCCUGCUGUCCAACCUGCUGGUCCUCAACCUGUGGGGGAACCAGCUCAGCAGCCUGCCGCCAGAGAUCGGCCAGCUGAGGAGACUCCGGGUUCUGUUCGUCUACAUAAACAGACUGACGGAGGUUCCUGAGGAGCUGGGGGCCUGCACACAGCUGGAGGUCCUGAGUCUGGCCAACAACCAGCUCUCCUCGUUGCCAGCUUCUCUCUCCAACCUGACCAGACUCAGGAAGCUCAACCUCAGCCACAACCUCAUAGCUCAUCUGCCAGGCUGCAUCUACAGCAUGAAGUCCCUGGUCUUCCUGGAUCUGUCCUCUAAUCGUCUGGAGAACGUGGCUGAGAACAUCCAGGCUCUGCUGGAGCUCAAGAUCCUCAUCAUGGAGGGAAACCACCUCCACUCUCUGCCCAGAGGCCUCUGCUUCCUCACCAGGCUGGAGCUGCUCAACCUGGACUUUAACCACAUCAGAGACCUUCCUGAGGUGAGCAACCAAAGCACACUGAUGAGGAUGAUGGUGGUAAUAAUGAUGAAGAUAAAGGAGAUGCACCAUCUGUCCCGCCUGGAGAAGCUGGCCUGCCAUCCUCUGGAUAAAGGUCUUCACAUCGUCCACAACCCGCUGAUGAAGCCCCUGAAGGAGGUGAUGGAGGGAGGACUGGAGGCGCUCUUCAAUUACCUGAGAUCAGGUGGUGAAUAGGGGGCGGAGCCUCUGAAACCUGAGGGCAGAGUCAGUACCCUCUUGAGGAUGGCAGCGAAGUCUUCUGAAAUCAUGAUGAAGAAUUUUGGAAGAACCAGAAUUUCAGACCUACUUCUAUCUUGUAGGCAGAGUUUUCACCCACCUGAGGGACAGGUGAAGUGGGCAAAACUACUUCAGAGGCAUUUUAUUUCAUUAUGGGAUGGAGAGACGGACUCAGCAGCCAUCUUCUUGUUGCUCUUGCCGACGUUCUUCAUUUGGAACGACCACAACGAAAACAGAAUCAUCCCAGAACCUCUUGACCAAUGGGCUGACACUUUUACUGAUACUGUCACUGUCACUGUUACUGAUACUGAUACUGAUACUGUUACUCUCCAUAUGGAGAGUCUGGGCCCGAGUCCAGAAGGCAGAAAAUGAACUCAGAAUGUAACGGCUGAGAGACGUCAACAUGGAUGGCUUUAGUUUUCCUGAGGGUGUUUUUAAUAAGUUCUGUAAGUGAGCAUUGUUCAACUCCUAAGACCUUAUUACUAUUUAUUACUGUGCUGAAUACUAAGAUUUCCAAAUAAACAGAGGAGAAUAAACAUCAAUAUAUUAUCUAGAAAUUAGGAUAAUCUUUGUCUUCCAUCCAUCCAUCCAACCAUUUCCUUUUCACCCUUGUCCCUAAUGGGGUCAGGAGGGUUGCUGGUUCCUCUCCAGCUAUGUUCCAGGCGAGAGGCGGGGUCACAGGGUCACCC